AUGUCGACGUCUCUCCUCCACACACAGUUCGGCCUAAGCUCGUCCGAUCCGCAGGCCUCGCUUCGUCUGUCGCAGCAAGCUCCCUCAUUCCUAAAGACGCAACCCUCCCGCUUCCCUUCGUUCCCGUUCUCGAUCUUCAGCCAGCGCGAAUCACCGGAGCUAUGGACGAGCUACGAGCAGCUGCUGGCUGCGUGUCUGCGGACGGGAGACGACAAGUCUGCGCGGGAGUGUCUGGAUAGAUUGUCGAGUCGGUUCGGAGAGGACAACGAGCGGGUUAUGGGUUUGCGAGGACUGUACGACGAGGCUACUGCAGCAGACGAGACGGCAUUGAAGAAGGUGCUGGAGAGAUACGAUGGCAUUUUACAGGAGAAUCCAGUUAAUGUUCCAGUGUUGAAGCGACGGAUUGCCGUUCUACGGUCCCUGGGCAGAGCUGGCGAGGCUAUAUCAAGUAUGGUGGAGUUCCUGGAUGCGUUCCCGACAGAUGCAGAGGCGUGGUGUGAGCUGUCGGACCUGUAUCACAGCCAGGGCCUCUCUUCGCAGUCUAUCUUCUGUCUCGAAGAAGCGCUUCUCAUACUGCCAAACGCAUGGAACCUGCAUGCACGGCUGGGAGAGUUGUUGUAUAUAUCAACCCACUCCCCCGAGUCUCCAGAGAUGACGCUAAAACCUCUGGCGGAGUCUGUACGACGGUUCUGUCGAAGCAUCGAGCUCUGCGACGACUACGUGCGCGGGUACUACGGGCUGAACCUGAGCACGACCCGGCUGCUGGAGAGGCUAGGCCCCAAGUCAAGACGCGACGAGACGCUACCGACAGCCGAGACGACGCAGAAGCUGUAUGAUCUGUCUGUGCAGAAGCUGCGUGAGAUUGUAAAGGAGAGAUGUGUGGCCGGACGGAGCCCGGAGUUCAACGAGAGCGAGCUCAUUACGGCCCAGGCGCUGCUUGACCGGCUGUCCAAGUCGAGCUGA